CGUCCGGCUCGGGCGACAAAACAUUGCAAUCACUUCCUCUUUUCAAGUCGUCAACUUCCUCUCGUGCUGGUGAUCAAAAUCCGAAAAGAAAUUCUAAACUUAAGCCCAAAGUGUAUCGAAAUAAGUUAAUUUUGAGCACAACGUUUCGGAUCACGAUGGAUUCCGAGCUGUCAUAUCUUGAUCCUGCAUCCUACGAACCCGUAUUCAUAUGCAACAUUUGCAACACUGUUCUGACGGAACCUGUCUGCCGUAAUGAUCACAUCACAGAUAACAGUAUCAAUCAUUUGGAAAUCGAUUUUGAAAAUCUGAUCACAUCGACUGUGGUAAGCAACAUUGGUGUGCAGCUUUAUUCGAUGGAUGAUAAGCCAUCUGAUCCGGAGUUGGAGACACAGAAUAAAGUGUGCGCAGUGAUACCGCCUCCGACAAGGACACAAGAUCCUUUCGACUAUUUAUGCCCUCAAUGCGGAAAGGUAUCAGCUGACGAGAAAUGCAAAAAGAGCCACGAAUUUGAAGUAAUGAAAGAUAUUUGUAGCACAUGUGGUAUUGAAUGCAAUUCAAUCGAAACAUUGAUGCAGCAUCGCAUAAAUUGCAUUGCAAUGGGCGAACAUCUCGUCAAAACUACCAAUUUGAACUCGGUAUCGCCACUAAACGUAGCAGAAGCCGUAUAUGACGUCGCGGAAUCGACUGAUCUAAACUUGCCCACACAUUUUGCCAACAUGGCGCAAAAAGGUACACUUCGACAGUAUCAAGUGAUGCCAUCCAUUGUUGACGAAAAGAACUCAGUUAUGGAUAUGAUGGACACUGGGUUGGCGGAUUUUAGUAUGCCAUUGACGGACGACAUGGAUGGCGUUUUUGAAUGGGACGAGACGAUGUCCUUGGCGGUUCUGGAUUUCGAAAACGGUGCUGAUGAAAUGCCUGUGUUUGAAGAUUUUUCAAAACCAGAGCUGGAAAUGAUGGAAGCAUCCAAACCGGACAAACAAAGUCCGCCAGUCAUCGAAACCAAAUCGAAAAUACAAGCAGCAGAGGAAAAGAGACAACUUCUUCUCUGCAAAAGAUGUCAGAUGGAAUUUCCGGACAUGGAUACUUUUCUUCCUCAUCAUUUAUCGCAUGGAACAUCUGCAAGUUUCGAUUGUCAGUUUUGCUUGCGCCAUUACACCAGGCUGUAUUGGUUCCGAACCCAUAUGGAGACCCAUGCGGAUCUAUUGCCCAUCGUGUGUAAGUUUUGUGAUGACUACUUCCUUUCUACAAAGCUGCACGUCGAACAUCUGCAAUCAGUGCAUCAAGUUGAUCAUGACGGAGAGGAUAAAAUUCUGAAGUCGUUGGAAUACAUUCAGAAAAACCCAUAUCUGUGCAUGCGUUGUGGAAGGUGGUUCAAGUCGAAGAAACAUCUCGAAGCGCAUCAAAAGACGCACGACAUGGUCAAAGGAAGAACGGUUCCCGUUGAUGAACCGAUUCGAGCAGACGAGAAUACGCCAACAUCAUCAGACCACUCUCCGGCAACUAUCCAUUGACGAAGUUCGGCAACACUUACUGUCGCAUUCUGAAAACCGUCCUUUCAAAUGUGAGGUAUGCAACGAGCGUUUUUCUUCGACUGCACAACUGCAACAACAUAACUGCAAGCAAUCAAAGUCCACCGAAAUCAACAGUUAUAAGUGCAAGGAUUGCGAUAAAGUUUUCUCCCAUGCUGCCGGCUUGGCUUUUCAUAUCAGGACACACGAGCAACAGUUGGAGGCUUUUUCGUGUGAUAAAUGUCCGGAGAAAUUUAAAGUGAUGAGUUCGUAUCUUUUGCAUCGUAUAAAAAAUCACUGAGAGAUAGAUGGGGAAAUCUAUAUCGUAGAUUAUUACUGUUCAAUGUUGAUGUCGCUUUUAAUGAAGUGAUUAUUUUUUAUAAACUCAUGUACAUUUGUUUUCAAUAUGAAUAAAAUUGGGUUCAUAUAA